AUGGCUACUAUUGCUUUCAACUCCCUUGCCUGCUCCUAUAACCGGCGUCACAGUAGCUCCUCCUCGUCUCGAAGUGUCAUGUCCUGGCUCCAGGGGACUCAGCGGCUGUCUUUAUGGGAUGAUCUCCGAAAUAUUGCUGGUCUUAUAGGCCCUUUCCCUUGGGGCAUUGGUGGAGAUUUCAAUGUGAUCAGAUUUGGGUUUGAAAAACAGGGAGGUGAUCACUUGGACCUUGACUCUAUGGCUGCUUUUAAUGAUUGUAUUGAGGACUUGGGUAUGGAUGAUCUCCGCUGGACUGACCCUACUUUCUUUUGGAGCAAUAAAAGGGCUGGAAGCUCCCGUAUUGAUUGUAAGCUGGAUCGAGUUAUUGUCAAUGAAAAUUGGCUUGCUUCCUUUCCCUCUUCCUAUGCCAUCUUUGACACCCAUGGAAUUUCUGACAAUAGCCCUAUAUCUUUAUCUAUCCAUCCUUACAAUUCUUUUGCUCCUAAACCUUUUAAAUACUUUGACAUGUGGUCCUCUCACCCCACUUUUCUUACUACGGUCAAGGAUGCUUGGGACAAGCCUGUUCAAGCUUUUUCUUCCCCCCUUAUUCCUUUUACCAGGAAGCUUAGGAAUGUGAAAUCUACUCUCAAAGUUUGGAACAUCAAUUCUUUUGGUAAUAUAUCCCAGCAUGUUCAGGAAUGCAAAGAUAAAUUUGCUGCCAUUCAGCUGCAAAUCCAAUCGGAUAACCUCAAUUGUCAGCUUACUGCUGCCCUCGAGCUAUCUUUGCUCCUCUCCCAAGAGGAAAGUUUUUUAAGACAAAAGUCCAGGAUCAAGUGGCUGGAGCUAGGGGACUCUAACUCAGCCUAUUUCCACCGUUCUAUGAAAUCUAGAUCCAAUUUCAAUUCCAUAUUACAGUUGGUUGCUCUAGAUGGUUCUCCUGUUACUAAUGUGAAAGACAUCAAAGACAUGGCUGUGAACUACUUCAAGGAUCUUUUUACUGGCUCUUUGGAUGCUGCUGAUUAG